AUGGCCAAAUUCGUGAUCGCCGGUAGAGCAAAUUGUCCAUAUUAUGCUAAAGCAGAACUUCUGGCAGACUAUUUACAAAAGAAUCUUCCUGAUUUUCGGAUACAUAAAAUUACACAACGUCCUGAGGUUUGGGAGGAGUGGCUGAAUGAUGUCUGUGAAAAAAAUAAGUGGAGUCACAAAAAUUCCCCCAUCAUCUGGAGAGAGCUGUUGGAUCGUGGAGGAAAGUGUUUGCUUUUGGGAGGAUAUAAUGAGUUCCUGGAGCAUGCUCAGCUUUACUAUAAUGUCACCUCCAGCAUGACGACUCAGCAGAUGAUGGUAAUUGCUCAAGAGAACCUGGGGGCACAUAUAGAAAACGAGCUGCAGGAAGAAGCCCUGAAAGAUUUCAUCCACCCCUUGCAGGUCUGGAUCACCAGUGCAGCUACUCCUGCCUGCUACAACCUAAUUCCCAUAUUGACAAGCGGUGAAGUGUUUGGGAUGCAUACAGAAAUUAGCAUCACUCUGUUUGACAGCAAGCGGGUGGAAGAACACCUCGAAAACCUUGUGAUGGAAACCCAGGACCUGGCAUCGCCUGUCCUCCGCAGCGUCUCCAUCUGCACGAACGUGGAAGAGGCCUUCCGUCAGGCCCACGUUGUCAUCAUUCUCGAUGACACCACCGAGCAGGAGGUGCACACGCUGGAAGACUGCCUUCGUCGCAGGGUGCCUCUGUGCAGGCUCUAUGGAGACCUGAUCGAGAAAAAUGCUCAGGCCUCUGUCAGAGUGAUUGUGGGAGGAAAAACCUUUGUGAAUCUGAAAACGAUUCUGCUUAUGACAUAUGCCCCAAAUGUCGCACACAAUAUUAUCGCUGUGGCACUGGGGGUGGAAGGUGAAGCGAAAGCUGCACUGGCCAGAAAAUUGAAGACAUCCCCCUCAUGCAUCAAAGAUGUGAUAAUUUGGGGAAAUAUCACUGGAAAUAACUACAUUGAUCUGAGAAAAGCAAGGAUUUACAGAUAUGAUAGUGCCAUUUGGGGACCUCUUCACUACUCACGCCCUGUCUUAAACUUGAUUUUUGAUAGUGAGUGGUUAAAAAGAGAAUUUGUGGAAACUCUUAAAAAGUUGACCGCCACUGGAAGACAAUUUGGAGGCAUUCUGGCUGCACACAGUAUAGCCACUACGUUGAAAUACUGGUACCAUGGCUCACCGCCUGGGGAGAUUGUGUCUUUAGGAGUACUGAGUGAAGGCCAGUUUGGUAUUCCUGAAGGAAUUGUCUUUUCUAUGCCUGUGAAAUUUGAGAAUGGAACUUGGGUGGUUCGUACAGACCUCAAAGAUAUUGAAAUAAGUGAAAAAAUAAUGACCAGAAUGACAAGUGAUCUAAUUCAGGAGAAACUUGUUGCACUUGGAGACAUGAUAAAUUUUCAUCCGUACCAAUCAGAAACUGAAUUAGCCAAAAGAGAUGAAAGGAUCUCCUUACCCACUGCAGAAUACACCCAGGAAGAACAAAGGAUCCCAGAUGAACGUAAAGACAGCAUGUAUUCUGAUCUAAUCCCAGAAGAAGAAAAAGAUCUAAUUAUGUCCGAUGUGGACUCUUUAGAUCUGAUUCCUCAAGCCGUCUCUGAAAAGCUGCAGAGUCUAGAUGCCACAAAUGACCCUGAAGGCAAAACUAUGGAACCCUAA